AUGAGCGAAUCAUUCGAUCUUUGUGGUGGUUUCUAUAGCUAUGAUAUCUAUUAGAACGAAGGGGAUAUUUAUAUUUCAGAUUACCUUUCAGAACAGCAAUGUAAUCACUAAGUUGAACAUUAAAGUUAAAAUGACAGUCUUCAUCGAGUAAAGAAAAAAAUAAGAAGAUCCAACCCUUAAUGCAGUAGACCUGGAGAGACUAAAAAUAUACCUAAGAAUUUUGCUAGUGUAUUGAAAAAGGGUUUCUAGAAAAUGCUAUCAAAUACUUAGGAUGAAGGUUUAAGAUCCUUCGAAAAGUGCAGAGAUUGGAUUAAAUUCAAGCAUAUUCCCCAUAGCAAAAUUCUAAAAGCUAAAAUAGAAGAGUUUGUACAGACACCUGUUGGAAGAUUGAUUGGCAAAUAGUUCUUUGGAAAUUGUCUUUGGGCUCCUUACUUUAUCUAGGAAAAUAAAACUGAUGUAGCCCUUCUAUUUUAAAUACAAUAUAAAUUAUUUUGAAGCAAUUUUUCAAAAAUCGAAAAAAUAAGAUAAAAAAAAAAAACAAUUAGAAAAACAACAAUGAUGUAUAUUUUAAAUUUAUUAUUUUAAAUAUGGAAGAAUAGCAAAUAUUAA